AUGUCAGUUAAAUUAAAUCCUUGUACUAUUUGCAAUUAAGACGGUGAAUUAUUCAUUUGCAUAUCACCUUAAUGUUUAAAAAGUGAAAAUAAUAAACUAUCAUGCUAUAAGUGUUUUCACAAAAGUCAUAAUUCUCAAUAGCAUCAACCUGAGUCUUAUAAAAACAUUUAACAAACAUCAUAAUAAAAUUAAAAAGCUUAUGUGAAAUUUAUUGAAUAACAUAUGAAAGACAAUGCAAAUGAAUAGGAAAUGUAUGAAAAAUAUCUUGAUGAUACUUUUUAGAAGAUAAGAAAAUGGUUUGAUGAUUAAAAGAAAACUAUUAAGGUACAUUAUGAAAAAGAAUAUUAAAUUUUAAGAGAUAAUAUCAAUCAAGAUUAAACCGAAGAACUUAAUUUAAAAUAAUAGUUAAAGUUCUUCUCUUAUAAAUAAAACGAUUAUAUUGAACUAAUUGAAAAGAGAAAUUAAUAAUUUUAAAGAUAUAAGAAUUUUGAAAUGAUGGAACUAGAUUUUAAAAUAUAAUAUUUAAUUUAGACUUAAUUGAUACUACCUUAUAUAGGGACCUAAGAUUAUUUAAAUUUAACAUUUAAUCAAGAUAAAUAAAACGAAAUACUUUAUUGUUAAUUUCAUAAAACUUAAAAAAAAUAUUUAUGUACUAAUUAGAAUUGUGUUAGUAAUAAUAAUAAUAAUAAUUGUUUUUGUGAAUUUUGCAUAAUUGAAAAAAAAAUCUGUCAUCAGGAUAAAGAUUUAAUAAAAAUAGAAGAAAUUUCAAGUAAGUUAGAGGAAAAGAAAUAGUAGAUUUUUCAAUAAAAUAUUAAAAUUGAAAAUGAAGUGAUAAGUGAGAUAGACAAAUAUGUUGAAAAAAAUUGGAAAUAUGAAAAAUAAUAAUUGUAAAAUAAGGUCUAAAUAAAAGCCCUAUUAAUUGCAGAAGUAGAAGCAUUUAAAAAUUUAAAAGAGGUUUAAGAUAAUUACUUUAAAAUUAAACCAAUUAAUCCAAUUUUGUAUGCAAAAAGCUAAGAAUAGUUAAAUUCUGAAUUUCAAAAUAUAUAUGAGAUUUUAAAAAAAAAAUUAUCAAAUGAUUAGAAAAAAGGAUCAUCAAUAGCUUUGCCAAGUCCUUUAGAAUCGUCAAAAACUAGUACUUAAUUAAAUUUUACAAAAGAAAUUCAAUCCAAUAAAAACGAGAAAGAAAUUUAACCAAAUAAAUUUUAGAAAGAAAUUCUAGUUGAAAAAAUUAGAGAAAAAUCACAAACUUUUUAUACAUAAAUAGAAACCCCCACCCUUACAAAGAGAUAUAAGAAUGAAUUUGAUUUAAAUUUAUUAACAGAACAAAAUAAUUUAAAAUCUGAAGUUAAAAAGGAUAAUCAUAAACAAAGAUAAUCAAUAAAAAUAACAGAAAUACAACCUUAAAAUUAAAAUUAUUUCUUGUAAGGAUUUCAAAAAAAUUUUGAUCAUCUAUAUUCAAAUAAAUCAGAGACAAUUCAAAAUAAAAAUUUUGAUUUUGAAAGAGCAGAUUCAAUAUAAUAAACUUAAAAAUAUGAUUAUCUCAAUAGAAGUAGACCUUCAUUAGCUUAAGAUAACUUAAAUAAAUUCUUAGAUGAUAAAUUUUUGCCAAAGAGAUUAAAUACAGAAAAUUAGAAAUAAAUAAGUCAAAAUUCAUUUUAAAGAAAGGAUCAUAUUCAUACAAAUAUAAUAAAUAAAACAUUAAAGGGAUGA